AUGAGGAAGAAGCUUGAAAAGUACAAGUCAAAUUUAGAUAAUGUUGAUAAGAAUGGUGCUCCAGUUACAUGUUUGGUACAAGGCAAGAAGCUAAUAGGCCUGAUAUAUGUGAAGGAGCAAUUUGAUGAGUGGAAAGCAGAGUGCUUGAGGAUACUCCAGAAUAACUUCAAUAUAGAGACUCGUACUUUUGCUCCGGACAGGGUGAUAUUGGAGGCAUUGCAGAGUAGUUCUCUAGGACAGGCCAAGGGUUUAAGACAAAUCCAGAAUCUUUGCAUGCCUUUCGUGAGGUUGAAGAAGAAGGACGCAGUUCAACUUGGAGCUCAGGCCUUAGAUUUGAAGUUACCAUUUGGAGAGGUUCAGGUACUUGAAGAGAACAUAGACUUGAUUAAGAAACAACUCGUGCUCGAAGAGGUACAAGUUUUGUCUGCUACCAAUCCUGAUGAUCGUGCAAAAGUUGGUCCUCAUGUUAAACAGAUAGAGCAGAAUCCUCCAUUCCCUGGAAGCCCAACUACGAUCUUCUUGACCCGAUAA